UGCUGGUGGGAAGGCUGACUUGCAUUUACGUCAUACCCCGUGACUCCGCGCGGGCUCACGACGCGCUCGACCACAGAAAUGGCCUGGUUUGGUAACCGUCCCAGGCCGGCAUCGUGAUGAAUGAACGGGUUUCUUUUGAACCUCGAGGCAGGCCAUCUGCUGCCAUCGCAGCUUCGGAGAAUUUAUUGCAAUGACCUACUGCGCAAUUUGCAUCCUUCGAGCACACGGCUUGAGCGUGUUGUAGGGGCAUCCACGUCGAGUCUCGGCCAAGGCAACAAUGAGGGCUCCAGAGAGGACGCGUUGCCAGUAGCGCACAGUGGAGGAGUCAACAGCAUUGCCAUCGAUCGCUUCGAAAGCCGCUAUCUGCUCUCCGGGGGCGCUGACGCGUCAAUAGCUAUCUGGGACUUGGAGGCUCCGCACCCCGAACAGACCGUCAGCUCGGUCGAGCUGUACAGGCCUCUAGCAGCAGUCGGAAAAUCGGACGUCGGUCAUACUCACGGCAUCACUCAGCUGUCCUUCUACCCAUUCGACUCUCUCGCCUUCCUUUCUAGCUCGUACGACCACACGCUGAAGAUAUGGUCGUCGGAAACCCUCCAGGCGUCCGCGUCCUUCAACCUCGAAUCGGUGGUGUAUGCGCACGCCGUUUCGCCCAUCGCGCAGCACUUGCUUGUGGCAUGUGCGACGCAGCAUCCGGCAGUGAGACUAGUAGACCUGCGCUCCGGUGCGGCUGCCCACGCGCUACCGGGUCACACCGGUGCGCUGUUAAGCGUGGCAUGGAGCCCCGUCGAUGAGCAUGUCCUCGCCAGCGCAGGAACAGAUGGAACAGUGAAGUUUUGGGAUAUCAGACGUAGCGCGGCACUGAUAGCCUCCCUUGACAUGGAGGAUUCUGUCGGCGUGCUAGGCUACAACGGGCGAGGUUCCGGCGCUCGUCAUGCUACGCGGGGCAAAGCCCACGCUGGCCCGGUCAACGGCAUCGUCUGGACGCAGGACGGAAGGCAUAUGGUCACGACUGGCCACGAUGAAAAGAUUCGUGUUUGGAACAUGACAAAAGGGUCGAAUACCCUGGCAAACUUUGGCCCCCUUGUCAGGAACAGAAAUCUUUCUCAGAUGCUGCCUUGCCUUGUCGCAGCUGAAGUCGUAUCCACGGGUAGGGACAUCAUGUUCUUUCCUAGUGAGCGUGAGAUUCUCAUGUUCGAGCUGUACGAGGGUCGUCUAUUGAAGCGUCUGCGUCCUCCCGGCGUCUUCACGUCCGCUGUUGGAGGCGGCAAGGUGACGCAGAAGCAGAGAAUAGUCGAUCUAGCAUGGCGAAAUACAGACAUAGAGCUUUAUUCUGCACAUGGAAACGGUUCGAUACGUGUCUGGAAGCCGCGAAUGAGGGAGGAUAUUCUGCUCGACGAAGACGAUCGGCAAGAGCGAGAAAGAGACUCGAUUGAAAGAGAUAAGAAAAGGAAGGCUUUGGAAGAUAUUUAUCGAGACUUCGCGAGGAAGAGGGUGGAUUUCUCAAGUGGUGCUUGAUAGCAAAUGCCAGUCGCGAAUUAUACACGAACCUAAUAUUACAAAACGUAGUACAGUCAUAUCGC